AUUUCACACUCUUCACACUGUUCUCUCUGACCAAUUCGGUGCUGAAAGUGUCACUUUUAGCAGGUCAAAAUAGGCUUCAAAGUCUGCGAUGUGCAGCGAGAGCCUUGUUUCUAUUCUGUUCCGUUUUAUGAUGCGGAUCGCAGUUGGGGUCCACGUGGGGAAGAAGAAGUAGAAGAAGUGGAUGUGUAUGCCGACACGGCUUGUGUGACAACCCAUCCAGCAGAAUUGGUUCAUGGAAGGGCAACAAGCUUGCGCAAUCCAUCACAAGCUUUGCUUUCAGUGGGUGUGAGGGAUUUUUUUCGGUGUUGCAACAAACAAGCUGAGCUUCGACCAAUGUUUGUGUGAGGGAGUGAGGCGAGCUGAGACUCAUGAAAGUUGAGAAGAAGAAGAGGAAGCGAGCUGCACAGGAGGAGGAGGAGGAGGAGGAGGAUGGUGAGCUAGGGGACCUCUACUUUAGAGGCAUCGCUGCUUAUUUCGUGGAGACGGGAAUUCAGCCCCGCCGUUUGCAGAUAUGGAAGCAAAAACUCCUGCAGCUUGGGGGUGUGGUGGAGGAUCAUUGGUCGGAACACCUCAGUCACGUUUUUGCAGCCAGUGUCGAAACGGUUACAGACAAGUGUGGACGCCGCAAAUUGAAAAAGUCGAAAACGAAUGUUCUGAAAUAUACUUGGAUUGAAGAUUGCUUGAAGGCCGGCAAGUGCCUGCCCAUCGAUUCGUACGUCCUCGACAUAUUACCCGAAAAUAGAAGUGUAUCUCGAAAUUCCACGGAGAAUUCAGGCUUAAGGGAUAAUGCGCCAGAAAAGGCUGUUUCUUCCAGUCUACAGAAGUUGACUUCUUCAGAACGUGCCACAACCUCUGAUUGGAUGCAAAUUAUAAAUGAGGGAGGCGAAAUGGGGGUCGUCUCAAAGGGUUUACACAAAAAAGAAACGGAGGGAGUUUGUGUAAAUUGUGAAGGUGGACUACAUAAUACUCAAGGGGCAUCGUCGGAGGAGGAUUGUGACAUGAAAAAUGAGGCUGAAGCUUCAAGUGCUGAGUUGGCGCCCGCAAGAGAUGCAGCUCCUGGCCCUGUGGAUUCUCUUAAGAACGAGCCCGAAGCUGGCUAUACUCCUCCCAACUUGAAUGCUCAUAUAACUGGCCCUUUCUCGGAGAUAAAGGAUAUAUACAAAGAAGCUCUAGGGGAUGACCGAAGGGCUUUUAGUUACUACAAGGCGCUAUCCGUUCUCGAGAAAGUUCCUUUCAAAAUCACUAGUGUGAAUCAGAUUAAGGGGUUUCCAACAAUAGGGAAAUCACUGAUGGAAAGUAUACAUGAAAUUCUAUCUACCGGGAGGUUUUCGAAGCUGGAGCAUCUCAAGAAUGAUAAUAAAGUACGUGUGUUAGCCUUGUUUGGCUCUGUGUGGGGUAUUGGACCAGCAACUGCUCAGAGGCUUUAUGACAAGGGACUUCGCACACUAGAGGAACUGAAGACGGAUAAUACACUCACUCCUCCACAACGAAUAGGCCUGAUGUUUCAUAAUGACAUAAUCACGAAGAUUCCCCGGCAUGAGAUCAAGGAGAUGGAGGCAAUUGUGCAGAAGUCUGGAUCAGAGCUUUGCCCAGGGGUGAGUUUUAUCUCUAUAAUGUGUGGUGGUUCAUACCGGCGGGGGAAAGCUUUGUCGGGUGAUAUGGAUUUUGUUAUAACGCAUCCGGAUGGCCACAGUCAUACAGGUUUUCUGCAUGAGCUAGUCAGGAAAUUAAAAUCAGAAGAUUUUUUAACAGAAGAUCUUAGGAUCGGUAUCGAGCACAGCACCGAGGGAACGGAUCAUGGAGUUGACACUUGGUUUGGACUAUGCAAGUACCCAGGUCGGGAGAUGCGGCAUCGUGUUGAUUUUAAGGUUUACCCCUUUGACCAGUAUCCAUUUGGUCUGAUCGCGUGGACGGGCAAUGAUAUUCUAAAUCGCAGGUUAAGGUUAUUGGCGGAGGCCAAAGGUUACAGUCUCGAUGAUCAUGGACUAUAUCCAAUAGUUACCGAUGCUAAUGGUGGCAAGGUCAAGUUAUCUGUAAGCGUGCCCUGCAAAUCCGAGUGUGAAGUGUUUGAGAAACUGGGGUUCCCCUGGCUUGAGCCUCAUGAGCGCAACUUAUGAUUCUCAGAUGGUGGAACAGUCCCCUUGCACAUUGUAGGAACUUUGUUGUGUGAUACAAUUUGUUUAGUUUUUUUUUAGUUUUGUGAUUUUUUAGUUUUAUGUUUCUUGUAUAAUUUCUUGGUUUUUAAUUUGGAAUUCUUAUCGAUUCCAUAGGAACAAAGACACGAUAGAUUUUUCACAUGUUGAUUACUAAAGGAUGUCGGCAUGGUGUUAUGAACUUAACCUGACAUUUUACUGUCCUUGGGAUUGGACUCAAUAGGACUGCGUGUUUUGCAUCUGUGUAUUCAAAUGCAUUACAAGAAUUGGACAACA